CCAAAAGCUUAUCAGAAAUCAAAAUUACUCAAUUUUGAAUAGUACCAGAUAAAUUUGACCAUUACCCGUUUUAAUUUUCUAGAUUAUUAGACUCUGUCACGGGAUUGCUCAUAAAAAGGAGGUACAAACGGCAAAAAGCCACAUUACCAAUAGUCGCACUUUAAAGAGAGGCAAACUCGGAGGUUUCUUGGCUUGUAAACAAUGAACUGGUUUGGAGAGAAAAAAAGCCAAAAAAGGCACCCCAAAAAAUGAGUGAUGCAAAGGCAAUUAGAAGAAAACUAUUAAAAGAAACAAGUGUAUAUUGAUAUUUAAGCACAUUGUCAUAAAAGUGAUCUACCUUCUGGGUGGUUGUGGAUUUACUACUAGUAGCAACAUACUAUGUUUUCUUGUUUUAGCAGUGAAGUUUGGUUUGAAGCUGGUAGACUUGUUUUAACCUCAUUUGUUGAGUUUGGUAAACAAAAAUAGCCUUAUGCAUGUGGGCAUUAUAUAGGAAAGAAAACAAUAUAUUAUAAUAGUCACUUUCCUUCUUACUUAGACAGGAUUUCUCAACAAAACAAAAAAAACAAAAAAAGAUGCAGGGCAUUGAGAAGAUCAAAGCUGCAAGAGAAAUUCUCAAGUGCAGCAUAGAAAAAUCAAGAAAGUUGGGAGUAGAAAUUAAUAAUAAGUGUUGGAAAUUAGAGAGUUGUGGGCAAAGGCUUGAUUUUUUAGCAACUACCCUUAGAAACUUAGCAUGUAAAUGCACAUUAUACAAAAUGAGUGGUCAUGAUUUUGAUAGGGCCAUUGGUCCUGCUGCAUCUGUUGUUAAAAUAUUUGAUGUCAUAUGUGGCCUUGAAAACUCUCUUUCAACUGAUGAUCCUUCUGAUGAUAUAUUAGCUUAUCUCACAACACUCAAAUGGAUGGAAGAAGCACUCCGUUUACUCACCGAUAACUGCAAAUUAGUCGUUUCUUGGCUUGAAACCAGCAAUUGCAUCAAUUCAUCUGUUGCUGAAAGUUGGUAUGUUGUGAAUGUGAACAAAUGUUUGAGUAUACUUAGAGAAUUGCAGGCUACGGAGGAACGUUUUCGUGCUAAAGGCGGGCCCUUGAUGACCACUCUAGACAAGGUGGAGAUCGAAUUUGGGUCAACGUUAACGGACAUAGCCCCUGAUGAUAUUCAAAAUGUGCAAGCUAUUAUUGACAGAUUGGCUGCAAACAAUCGACUUGACAAAAUUAUGUAUAUCUAUGUUGAGGUUCGGAGUUCAAACGUGAGAAAAGCUUUAGAGACACUUGAUUUAGACUACUUGGAGGAGAUAUCAUUGACAGAGUUUGAUAGUGUUUUAAGUGUAGAGCCUUACAUUGAUCAAUGGGCCAAACAUUUAGAAUUUGCUGUGAAAUAUUUGUUCGACAUAGAACACAGGCUUUGCAUUGAAGUGUUCCAGAAAGCAGAAUUUAAGGAUAAAUGUAUGGACUGUUUUGCAAAAAUUGCAAUCCAAUCUGGGAUUCAUUCUUUUAUCAAAUUUGGCCACACAAUUGCCAAAGGGAAGAAAGAAGCAGUCAAGAUGUUGAAGCUAUUGGACAUGUUUGCUUCUCUAAACAAAUUACGGUCGGAUUUCAACAGACUUUUCAGUGGAAGAGCCUGUCAAGAAAUCCAAACUCAAACAAGGGAUCUGAUCAAGAAAAUUGUGAAUGGGAUUUGUGAAAUAUUUUGGGAACUUUCUCUUCAGGUGGAACUGCAAAGGCCAACUAGUCCUCCAGUGGAUGGUAAUGUUCCCAGGCUAGUUAACUUUGUCGUAGAGUAUUGUAAUCAGCUGCUUGAGGAUGAAUAUUGGUCCACACUUAUCCAAGUUGUGGAGAUACAUCAGGGUUGGAAACACGCGAGUUUCGAAAAGGGGCUACUUUUAAAUGAGAUGCGAAGCAUAAUAAGUGUAAUCGAGCUCAAUUUAAAGAAUUGGGCAAAUACAUACGAGGACGUUUCUCUUUCCUAUCUCUUCUUGAUGAAUAACCAUUGGUACUUGUGCAAGUACACGAGGGGAACAGAACUAGGUGAGGUAAUGGGACAUGAAUGGAUUAGAGGUCACGAGGAAUACAUGGAGUAUUACGAGACACUUUAUUUGAAAGAAAGCUGGGGUAAACUCCCGGCCUUUCUGAACGAGGAAGGCCUACUGUUGUUCCCGGGUGGGAGAGCCAUUGAUCGACAAGUGGUUAAAAAGAGAAUCAACGAAUUCACAGAGGCCUUCGAGGAAAUUUACAAGAAACAAUCCAAUUGGGAAUUGUGUGACAAGGGGUUAAGAUGGAGAGUAAGCCAACUUGUGGUGCACGUUAUCGUCCCUUCUUACAGUAGCUACCUCCAAAAUUACGUGCCCUCCAUUGAAUUUGAGGUUGCUAGUACUGCUGAUCAGCACGUAAAAUACACAGCUGAGACUUUGGGAAAUAUGAUCACUUGUCUAUUUGAACCAAAAGUGGGAAAAUAUGGCAGUGCUACAAAAUGCACAGAAUUAAGUGGCAAGCAUAAUAGUAGCAUUGUUGCUAAUCACCUUUCCUCCACACCAGCAGCAGCAUGAAUUAGGAAGCUGUCAGCAAUUACUCGAAAGUUGAGUAGUUCAUCGAUAACUCCUCUUACAUAAAGUCGACUAGUUUUCCAACCUUAAUCCUGAACUACUAGGUUGUAAAUUGUACAUGGUUUAUGCAUACACCCUUAUACUUCACUAGGCAAAAUUCUAUCUGUCAAUACCUACAUCCAAGAAAAUCUUCAUUAGUCAGUGGUAUGCAAUGUAAAUAUAUAAGAUUCUAAAUCGUAAUACUAUGUUUUAAUGUCUCAAUUACAUGUUGUGUGUUCUGUUCUUACACAUUCAGAUAUUCGAUUACUUCGACAAAUGCUUGUAUGUGCAUAGAUUUUUAGUUUUAUAGUCUAUUU